AUGAGUUCCAUCUUUGGAAAUGGCUCGGCGUACGGAGGCGUGCCGAAGCGGCUGCAGGUGCAGGAGCUGCAGCGGGGCGCGGAAAUCUGCAUCGCGUGCCCCGGGAGACUCAUCGACUUCUUGGAAAGCUCCGUGACAAACUUGAAAAGAGUCACUUAUCUCGUUUUAGAUGAAGCUGACAGAAUGCUGGACAUGGGGUUUGAGCCGCAAAUCCGGAAGAUCGUUUCGCAGAUCCGCCCCGACCGCCAAACCCUCAUGUGGUCCGCCACCUGGCCCAAGGAGGUCCAAACCCUCGCCAGGGACCUCUGCAAGGAGGAGCCUGUCCACAUUAACGUCGGCAGUUUGGACCUCAAGGCUUGCCACAACAUCAAGCAGGAAGUCUUUGUCCUUCAGGAAUACGAAAAAAGGGCACAACUCAUGUCUCUCUUGCGCCGCAUAAUGGACGGGUCGAAGAUUUUGGUCUUCGCAGAAACCAAGAGAGGUGCGGACAACUUGACUCGGGACUUGCGGAUGGAGGGCUGGCCCGCGCUGUCUCUACACGGCGACAAGAAGCAGGAAGAAAGGACUUGGGUUUUGGACGAAUUCAAACAAGGCAGAAACCCCAUCAUGAGCCAGCAGGCGGUCGCCUCUGCUCCCACGGGUGUACCCGGCACCCGCGCAGCUGCUUCUGCAGCCACCGCUGCUGCUGCUGCUGCUGCUGCUGCAGCAGCUGGGGUGUGGCCACGGACGUGGCUUCUCGGGGGCUGGACGUGA